AUGCAUGAGUCGGCCUUUGAAGCUCCGGGGGUGAAAACAAAAUUGGCAAGAGGAGGCCUAAGCAAAAGGCUGAGUACUUGGCUUGGUGAAGAUCAACAGCGCUGCGAAGAGCAAGAACAGCGCUGCGAAGAGCAAGAACAGCGCUGCGAAGAGCAAGAACAGCGCUGCGAAGAGCAAGAACAGCGCUGCGAAGAGCAAGAACAGCGCUGCGAAGAGCAAGAACAGCGCUGCGAAGAGCAAGAACAGCGCUGCGAAGAGCAAGAACAGCGCUGCGAAGAGCAAGAACAGCGCUGCGAAGAGCAAGAACAGCGCUGCGAAGAGCAAGAACAGCGCUGCGAAGAGCAAGAACAGCGCUGCGAAGAGCAAGAACAGCGCUGCGAAGAGCAAGAACAGCGCUGCGAAGAGCAAGAACAGCGCUGCGAAGAGCAAGAACAGCGCUGCGAAGAGCAAGAACAGCGCUGCGAAGAGCAAGAACAGCGCUGCGAAGAGCAAGAACAGCGCUGCGAAGAGCAAGAACAGCGCUGCGAAGAGCAAGAACAGCGCUGCGAAGAGCAAGAACAGCGCUGCGAAGAGCAAGAACAGCGCUGCAAAGAGCAAGAACAGCGCUGCAAAGAGCAAGAACAGCGCUGCAAAGAGCAAGAACAGCGCUGCAAAGAGCAAGAACAGCGCUGCAAAGAGCAAGAACAGCGCUGCAAAGAGCAAGAACAGCGCUGCAAAGAGCAAGAACAGCGCUGCAAAGAGCAAGAACAGCGCUGCAAAGAGCAAGAACAGCGCUGCAAAGAGCAAGAACAGCGCUGCAAAGAGCAAGAACAGCGCUGCAAAGAGCAAGAACAGCGCUGCAAAGAGCAAGAACAGCGCUGCAAAGAGCAAGAACAGCGCUGCAAAGAGCAAGAACAGCGCUGCAAAGAGCAAGAACAGCGCUGCAAAGAGCAAGAACAGCGGUGCAAAGAGCAACCGAACUGCAAUCUACGCAUAAAUGAAAACAAAGCGAUCGCUGCAUACUAA